AUUGGGCGAUCUGCUCAUUGCACAAGGCUUCCGCGAUGCCUUCGAUGGAAUAUGAGUUUAAACGCCCCACAAAAUGUUAUGGCAUAAAGUUACCUUAAACUCUCCGCUUCGACACUGCUUUAGAGAGUAUAGGAACAAGAUCCUGGCGUUCAUUUCACUGUCAAAAGCGCGGUUAAAAACGAGAUCUCGUCCACAAACAAGGCUCUAAAAACGGAGCGCCGUCCACAAACGUAGCAGUUUAAGCUUGACCUCGUUUAAAUUCUGAACAUCUCCCACGGUAAAUCAUAAAUUCCUCCAUGGGGACAUGGGUUUACGUCUUCCACUCAAUUCGGCGUUAUUGAACGUCUAGGAGUUGAUUCAUUGUGAAUUUAUGGCAUUUGCUCAAUAGUACUCUCUCACACUAUAAAAAAAAUAUACUGUAUAUCAAACAAGGAUCCAGUAGGUGUCGCCAUUGCUCCAUGUAGAAACAUUGCUCAAGCAAUAAAACAAAUACAGCACAGUACAGGAGUCAGGUGACCAUUGGGUCAAGCCAUUAAACCUGGAUGUCAUCAGGAUGAUGUCAUCACAAAGCCUAUUAGCCAUAUGACUAUGAUUUAGAGCAAUAUCCCCUUUUCUGGGUGUCAUCAUGGCUAAACAUGACUGUGGGCUAGAGUCAUUUUGCCCUGCCGAUAUCAUUGCCACAAAUCAUCGUAGUCAUACGACCAUGUACUAGAGCCGCAACUGCCAGGAUCUUAACCAAAACUUAAAUUAAGUGGGGACUAUUAGCAGUGUGCCAGCGAACCAACCAAAUGGAGAGGAAAAUGGAUUCCACGGACAAUUACUCCCUAAAGCAAAAUGUGCAACUACUACAGUAUCAGACUGAGAAGUUUCGACAGCUGUGGACUAAGGGGACUGAGUGUUUUGAAGAGCUCAAGCAUUUCUACAACCAGCUCAAUGAAGAGUGGCAAACCCAGUGGCUGAAUAGGGAGGAGACCGUAGCAUCCUACCUGAGGCACCUGGAGUUGGACUACAUCAAAUUGUUAGAAGAAUAUGCCAAACUAUACAACACGCGCGAGGCCAAUGAGAGGAUUUUACUGAAAACCAACGCCGACUUACACAAGUGCAAUUUAGAUCUGAAGCAAUACCAAGUGCAACUCAACGAAGUGUGGCAAACUCGCUGGGUUAAACGGGAGAAAAGCAUCGCCUCCCAAGUCAGAUAUCUGGAGGCGGACAAUCGAAUACUGGUGAUGGAAAAAGCCGAGCUGUCUCACCGGAUGCAGGCCAAUGAAAGGAUGUUCUUGAAAACCAAGGCCGAACUGUACAAAACCAGCUUAGAGCUCGAGAAAUUAAAAGCAUCCAAAGACUCUCUCUCAUUGGAAAUGUCUGAAAAGGAGGUGAGCUGGAAACGAGAGAAAGAUAAACUGCUGAAAGAACGACAAGAGUUUCUUGACCAUAUCAAGCAGUUUGAGCACCUGAUCCUACGCGUGGAAAUUGCCGUCAGAGCGAUGGAGGAAUGGGCGAAGCUCAAACAAGGGGACAACAGAACCAACGAUGAGGAAAACGAGCGAAUCAGGCAGCAGGAGAAAGCGAGGGAAGGAGGUGAUGACAAGCUAGAAGCGAGCGACAGCAGCAAGUGCGAGGCCGGUUCUGAAGAGGACAAGCAAGGGGGGAAUGUUGAGGAGGAAGGGGAGAAAGACGAAGGAGACAUGGAGGUGGGCGCUGAGGGAGUGCAAGAGAGUGGCGAGGAGUUAGAGGAGAGUUGCGGGGACGAAGAGACCGAUAAGGAAGAAGAGAGCGCUGACUUGAAAAUAUCUUUCAAUGACGAGGAGGGCGACGAUGACGAGGAGGGCGAUGAGGAGGCAGCGAAUGAAGGAGAGCAGGACGACGAAGGUGAGGAUGGAGAGUGGGAAGACUGCGACGACGACGAGUGGGAAGACUGCGACGACGACGAGGUGGAGGAUUACCAGGAGGGCGAGGGAGAGGACGGGCAGGAGGAGGAGGGAGACGAAGAGGGUGACCGGGAGGAAGGGGAUCAGGAAGAAGACGGGGAAGAAGAGGAUGACCAAGAGGAAGCGGAGGAGGAAGAUCAAGAGGACGACGGGGAGGAAGGCGUUGAAGGAGAUGAGGGUGACCCAGAUGAAAAGGCGGCAGAGGAAGUGGAUGAGUCAAAAGGUGAAGUGGAAAAUAGUGACCAAAAGGAAAGGCGAGAAGAUGAUCAAGACAAUAACGACGGCAAAGCGGCUGAAGGGGAGGCGGGGGAAGCGGGUGCCGAGGAGGAGCCGAAAGAAAAUGAAAGCCGGGGUGAGGAGACGAACCAGGAGGGUGAAGAAGACCUUGCCAAAGUGGAGGAGGGCACGCAGGGUGACAAGACGGAGGCAGAGGAAAGCCUCGGUGAGGGGCAGGAGAGGGAAGAGAGUGAACCUAAAGAGGAGGGGGGUGAAGAGAGUGAGCCGAAGGAGCAGGGGGGUGAAGAGAGUGAGCCGAAGGAGCAGGGGGGUGAAGAGAGUGCUCAGGUGGAAGAGGGGGAGAAAGACGACGCAAAUGUUACAAAUGGCGGACAAGAGGGUGCCGCAACACAGGAGGGUCGCGAAGAGAGUGCCGAGGCAGGGGAGGGGAGUGUCGCAGAGGGAAAAGAGAGUGACAGCAAAGCGGAUGUGGAGGAAGACAGGAAAGAGAGUGAGCAGGGUGAGAAAGAGAGUGCAAAGGAAGAAGGGGGCAGUGUCACGGAGGAGACCAGAGACGGGGUGGAAGAGAGCUCCGCGGCAGGCGAGGGGAGUGUCGCCGAGAAGGCUGAAGGGGAGGAAAGCGUCGCGGGUGAUGCGAAAGAGAGUGAGGCGGGUGAGGAAGAGAGUGUCGAGGUAGACGAGGAGCGUGUCACCGAGGGGAAAGAGAGUGACGCGAAAGAGGGCGACGAGGAAGAAAGCGCUUCGGGCGUCGCCAAAGAGAGCGAGGAAGGUGCCAAGCGAGCCGAGGCAGAGAGUGACGUCGGGGAGAGUGAGAAGGAAGUGGCCGAGGAUGCUAAGGGGGAAGUUGAGGUGGAAGAGAGUGCUAACGUGGAAGAGAGAGACCAAAAGGAAGAGACAAAGGAAGAGAGUGUCAAAGAGGACGGCCAGAGUUUUGUCGAGGGGCAAGAUGACACGGCGGCGAAAGCGGGCGAAGAGAGUGACCAAAAGCAGGAGGCGGAGGAAGAGAGUGCCAAAGAUGUUGCGCAAGAGAGUGAGAAGGUGGAUGAAGGGAGUGACAGGAAGGACCAGGCGAAGGAAGAAGGUGACAAGAUGGAAGAGAGUCUGGAGGGCAAAGGGAGUGACGCGAAGGAGGAAGAGGAGAAAGAGAGCGCCACGGGAGUUGACGAAGCGAGCGCUACUCAGCCCGUGGCGAGUGACGCGGCGGAGGAAGAAGUGAAGCAGGGGACCUCCGUGGAUGAGGAGCUGAAAGACGGCGUCAAGGAAGAGAGGAGUGACGGCGGAGAGAACAUGAGCGGCGGAAAGACAAGGAGGAGAGGCGAGAGCGGGUGA